UCAACGCCGCUCUCUCUGGAGCUCUUGCUUUCACCUCUGCUUCUUUGAUCUUUCUAUUCCUCUUUCCCCCUCAUCUCACUCCUUUUUCCCCUCUCUCUCUCUUAUACGGAUUGCAGAGGUUGUCAAGACUAGAACUUUGUGCCUCUUCUGUUCCCCUGGAAGAGAGUACCACGGUGAUCGCUCAGCCAUAAGCGCCAGUGUUUGUCUCAUAUUAUUUUUGAGUGGAGAAUAGCAAAUGCAAAUAGAAUAGAGAAGCAUAGAUUUUGAAGCGAUGGACAUGAUGUAUUCUUUGCCAGUUAAGAGAACCGAGCAUGUUAACGUGAAUCCAAAGCCGCGGCCGCGGUCAAUAUACCGCUCCGGCAAAGCCAACAAGUUGGCUGGCAGAAGGAUGGUGCGUAUCUUUUGCGACGACUACGACGCCACCGACUCCUCCAGCGACGAAGAAGAUUGCUGUUACUUCCGCCGCCGUGUGAAGCGCUAUGUCCAAGAGAUUAGGUUCGAGGACCGCCCCGCUAAGACCACCGCUAUCGCCGCUGGCGACAAGGAGAGAUCAGGAAAGGUAGGCGGAAAGAAGAAGAAGCCGGUCCUUGGAACCCCCGGUGACAAGCCUGGCUCGCCGGCGGCCCCGAGGUUCCGUGGCGUCCGCCGGCGGCCAUGGGGGAAGUACGCCGCGGAGAUCCGCGAUCCCUGGCGGCGUGUCCGGGUGUGGCUCGGCACGUACAAUACUGCGGAGGAGGCCGCCAAGGUGUACGACUCCGCCGCCAUCCAGCUCCGUGGCCCCGAUGCCACCACCAACUUCUCUACCCGCUCAGUCCCCACCUCCGCCGCUGCCCCGGCGCAACCUUCUCCUCCGACGAAGAACCUUUCCGAUGGCACGGUCUCCGGCGGGUACGACUCCGGUGAGGAGUCACCCAAUCUCUCCUCCCCGACCUCCGUCCUCUACGGUUUCCCACCCUCCGCCGCCGACAAGUCGGAGGAGAACAAGGCCCAAGAAGAGCAGCAAACGCCGACUGAAGUAUCGGAUGAGAAGGCUAGUAUUCUCCCCGCCAGCAUCAGUUUACCGGACGAGUUUGGGGACUUCAUGUCAUUCGACGAGGUGCCAUUCUACAACGAUUUGCUCGGCUUCGACUCGUCCGAGCCAGGAUUCUUCGCGGACUCGGCGGAGAUUGGCUUCUUCACCAGCGACAUAAGCGAUGUUAUGCUGAGCUCUGAUUUAAACCUCGCCUCAGUGUCAUGGCAGGGAGAUGAUUACUUCCAAGAUAUUGGUGAUUUAUUUCCAAUCGAUCCUCUCCCUACCGCCUAAAAUUUUUCGAGAAACCGAGCCUGUCAGAAGGUCAAUUAUUCGGCUUUUUUUUUUUCUUAAAAAAAAUUUGGCAAUGUGAGAGGAGAGAAAGUAGUUUAUCUUUUUUUUAUUAAUUUUUUAUUUUUGAAUAUCGAGUGAGUUAACUGUUUCGGUAAUGGAGCGGGAUUUUAGAUAUUUUAUUCUCUUGCUUUUAUUUUUAUUACUAAUAUAUAAAAAUUUUGUUUGCGUUAAAAAUGAGGAUUUUCUAUAACGAACUGGACA